ACUCAUGAUGAACCUGGGUGUAUUGAUCAGGGUGAUGACAGUGGAGCUAUACCAGUGUCCAUGAUUGUUGGUCAAAGUGAUGAAGACCAAAGUAUAAGUCAAGAGCACGGCAGCCAAGUCAAGCAAAUGCAGUAUGACUUUGCAAGUGGCUCGGUCAAGGUUUCCGAAAUGGAUCAGAUCUCUGAUGUCUCUGACAAUGAGUCUCUGUCGGAAGAAUAUGAUGUAUGUUUUGAUGAUGCAGAUCAACCACAAGCUUCAAAUCUCUCCAAUAGUAGCCCAAAAUGUUCUGCCAUUUCAAGUUCAGCACAGUUUGAAAAACCAUUGAUGAGAUAUCUCUCAAAUAGCCCCAAACCAUUAAAUGCAAUGAGUCCCGUUUCAACAAGUCCUAGUCCCAAACACGCACCAAGUCCAAGGCAUCAACAUUCAACUGCAACAAGUCCACAAAACUCAAGUUCCUCAAGCCACUCACCAAGUCCCCAACAUUGUAGUCCAUCACCUUCAUCGAUUAACCAUCUGGAUCAAGACUCACAGGACAAGAACAAAUCUACAAAUCUAGAAUCUCCUCAACAUUCAAGCCCCGAUUCUCAAGUUGAGGAUGACCUUUCCGUAGAGUUCGCAGAUGAACCAGAACCAGCUCUUCAAGAAGAAAUCCCCUACACCGUCAUAGACGAAGUUGAUCUCACUUCUAAUUCUGAUGAAGAUGAUGGUGAGGAGCAGCUUGAGAAGUUGCAUGAACCGAACUCUGUAAAUAAAGCCGUAAUGGAAGAAAGAGGUUCAAAGCACGGAUCAUUACAGGAAGACGCCUCCACAGAGGAUGAGGAAGAGGAGGAUGAAGAAGAGGAGGAUGAGAGGGAAGAACCGGAGGAAAUGUGUGAAAAUGCUAAAGAUGCUCAAAAUGGUGCUACUAGCAAAGAAAAGCGAAGAGAUUUCCUUUCAGAAUUGGGACUCGAAAAGGAAGAUGAAAAUGACGACUCUCCCUGGGAUUCAGAGUCUGGUUCUGAGAGCCCACAGAAGAAACAGGCCAGUGAUACACACACUCCUGCCAAAUCACGUAGAUCUAUGUCCAGUAUUUGUGAGGAGAAUACCGAAGACUUCUUGUACGUUCCCUCCUUCGUAAGAGGAGGGAGGAACAUUAAUUUAUUGAGAAGUGUAGGCCAGCAAGGAGGCUGCAGGCCGAUGGUUUUAAGAAAGGAUGAGGAUGAUGAAGAAGAGAAGGAAACUGAAAUACCACCUAAAGUGGUCAAAAGAGAGACAGUGUCUGUUCUUAGUAAGCUGAUGGAUUCCAAAGAAGCUAAUAAGAAAACAGAUCUGAUGGAAGAGCUUGGUUUGGGGGAUGCUGAUGAUCUUGAAGAUGCUUCAGACUGGGACUCUGCCAGCACCACCAGUAAGGCCAGUAAGAAAUUCCCAGUUCAUAAGCUGGAUGAGGAGCCCGUCUUUGAAAGCCCAGCAGCUUCCGCACUACCCAUAACAUCCGAGGAACAGGACGUGGACACCAGGGAACAUAAAAAAGCCAAACAAAAAAAAAAAAAACACAAAAAAAAAAAAACAACAACCUCAAGCACAAAACCUCUACCUAGUCCACGUUCUCUCAACACAAACGCCAGCUCAAAACCACAAGCACUGCCACGACUGCGCUUGGACUCCAAUCAGAGGCCGGAGAGUGAAGAAUCGGACUGGGAUUUGGAAACUUCCAGUCCAGCCAAGAUGACAAAUUCACUGCCAAAUGUCGCUGAGUCUGAUGCAGUUCAUCACCAGGAACCCAAAGCUGAAGAUGUCGAGAGUGAAGACAGUUCUUACGCAAGUGAAGAUGCAGAUCAGGCAAGAGAGGCAUUACAAGCGUCUUCUGUAGACAUAAAUAGGCCGUCUAACCGUGAACCACUGGAGCGCCCAACCUCUCCUAGAGAGGACGAACAUGAGGAGAAAGCUGGUGAGAUUCCCUGGGAGCAACGCUAUGAGAAAAUAUGGGUGGAGAACGACAAAAAGGAGACCAAGUCCCAGUACAAAAACGUAGCUGCGGAACUAAAAGAGAGGUUCGGAGAACUGGAGCACAAGGAACCACUGAGUGACCUUUCGGAGCAGGAGUGGAAAGAAGAUGAACAAGGUGAUGAAGAGGAAAAGAAAGAGGUGGAAAAGGAAGCAGAUGAUGAAGAUUCCAGUGAGGAAGAGGAAGAGGAAGAGUCAAUAGUGCGGCCCACCGCCCGGGCAAGAAGUGCAAUACUUUUGCCCAUCCCAGAGCAGAGAGAGUCAGGCCUGGAGGACUCACAGUCUGAAAGUGUCCACCGCACCAUUAGUGUUGAGGUCAGUGAUGCAGAGCUUCCCAGUGACCAACAUAACCCUCAAAUCAUCCCAGGAGCCCGAACGGAUGAGGCCCAGGAGCCAGAGAACCGAACGGAUAACACUGAGGAACCUGAUAGUGGAAGCAAAGAUAAGUGUGCACUAGAAUCUGCAAGCAACAAAGACGAAGAACCUGAAGAGCUUUACAAACCUUCAACGCUUGUUGAGAACGAGCUACAAGUCCCACCCAAAGUUCUAGAAGUGCCCUCUUCUGACUCCAACGAGGUUGACAAGGGCCUGUGGAAGUCCAGACUUGAGGGUAAUAAGGAACAGUUGGAUGGUAUGAGGGGAGAACACCAGCCCAGUGCUUUAUGGGAUACUAGAGGAACCAGAGAACGAGGUGAACUUGACCAAGUAAAAGGGAAGAAAACUUACAACAACUCUGGGAACCCGAAACCUCAACAGGAAGGGAUGGCUGACGGCAGGUCUUUGGGAAGAGAGGGUAGUGUUUCACCAAGACAUCUGACAAGAAGUCCAAGAAGUACUGACAGGGCACGACCACAUGGUGAGGAAGAUGAAGAGGAGGAAAAGAAAACUGUAGGUAGCCAAGCCAGAAAUCUCCGUGUAGCUCCCCCUCUGCAGGGCAAACCCUCCCGACCUGCGACCCGCCAUAACGGAGACCUCGAGUCUGUCUUUGAUGAUAGUACUUUAAGUGAGCUAUCGGAAGAGGACAGGAGGUCCCCAUCUUCAAGGCGUAAGAAAGAGCAGAGUACUGGAGAGCUGGAGAUGGCAGAUGAUUUUGAAGAUCUCACCCAGUCUUCUGACACAGCCACUGAGGAGCUGGAGACUCCAGUAUCUGGAUACCACAAUGCAUCUCUGCUCUUCAAACAGCUCGACUCCAGUUAUCUGGACUCUGUGAGUGUGGUGAAACUACAGAACAUGUUUCAUGAGUACGAACGCACCAUCCAGAGGGAGAGAGACAGACACAGCCGUCUGGCGGAUAAAACCUCUCAGCUGGAGCAGGAACGCAACGAGCUCAAGAUCCUGCUGGAUGAUAUCAAAGGCAGCAAGUCCAGCCUAGAACAUCUCAAAUGGAGGGAAACAGAUAUGAACAACAACAACAAAUCAUCAAUUAAAAUCCUCCUUAUAAAACAGGAACAGGAAAAGCAUCAGAGUGCUCACAUGCUGUAUAAUAAAACCCGUGAGCAGCUCCAGAGGAAAGAGGAGCAGCAGCGAGCCGAGGCCGAGGAGCGUCACAAAGCUGAGCUGAAAGUCCGCAGUCUGGAACUGGAGAUCAGAGCCCUGAAGAACAGCAUCAAACAGCUUGAGGAGGACAGGGAUGAGUCCCAGCGUCUCCUGUCUCAUGAGCGCAGUGCUCGCGCCCUACAGGAGGAGUUACUCAACAACCACCUGCGUAAGCAGCAGAACAUUGAGGAGGAGAACCUUCGAAACCUCAACAAGAGCAAUGAGGCCAUGUCCCAGCUUACAGAGGCAUCGGACCGUGAGCGGGAGUUGAUGCAACAAAACCGAGCCCUACAGGAUGAACUGAACACCGCUCGGGCCGAGCUGGACCGCUCACACUGCCACAGCCGACAGGAAGAGUCACGGCUGGCGGAGGAGAGAGACGCCCUACGCGAGAGACUGGAGGAUGCUCGCAGGGACAUGAAGCUGAGUGAGGAGGCCUUGGCCCAGACUGUGUUCCAGUACAACGGGCAGCUGAGUGCGCUGAAGGCCGAAUGCUCAGUGAUCACGGCUAAACUGGAGCACGAGAGGCAAGUGAGGCAGCAACUGGAGGCCGAGCCAGACCCAAGCAAGCCACGACACCACUGCACGCUGCACUACACUAAGAUAAGACAUGCCAAGCCAGCUUCAACUCAUUUGUAUCCAUACACGCUAUACCCAGAGAAACACCAACGAGCACAAGAAAAGCCGAAAUAAAAGACACAUCUUUUUGAGUCCAGUACACAACGGGACACCAUCCAGUCCCUGUCCCAGAAACUCAGCAAGGCCGAGGCACGCGCCAACAGCCUGGAGAACGAGUGUCACCGCAAUGCUCUGACCAUCGCUGAGAAGGGCGUACUGUUGGAGACUCUGGCCCGGGAGAAAGACCAGGCCCUGGCCAGACUCAAAGAACUGGAGGCCACGGUGCUGAGCGAACGGGAGCAGGCCAGCCGUGCUGGAGCCAGACAGGAAGCCAUGCAGGAGAGACUGGCCCAGGCUCAGAGCGAGAAUGCGCUGCUACGACAGCAGCUGGAGGAGGCGCUCAACAAGGGCUCGGCGAAGGAUAAAGCCGUUACAGAUGUGCACCAAAACUUUGCCGAAAUGCUGAACCAGUUACGUGCAGACGGAGAGGAGAGAGUCCACCUGGUGGAGGAGAGAAGCAAAGAGCUGGCAAAGACAAACAGCAAACAUAAAAAACAGAAAAACAAAACAGAGAAUUACAAAUAUUAUAUGCAGAGUUCUCUGAGGCAGCUGCAGCAGGAACUGGCCGACUGUCUGAAGAAGUUGUCCAUGUGUGAGGCUUCUCUGGAGGUCAACACACGGUACCGUAAUGAUCUGGAGGAAGAGAAGGUGCGCACACUCAAGGACAUGGACAGAUUGAAGGGAAAGCUGCAGGAGUCUGAGGAAGUGUAUGUCCAGGCCGAGAGACGCAUCAGCCAGCUGAAGAGCUCUCUGGACGACAAAGAGCGAGAAGCCUGCAGUACCGCUCAGAAACUAGAGGAGGCGCUAGCUGCUUCCACAAGCAAAGAGCAAACCAUUAAACAGCUGGAGGAGGCGGUGCAGAGGUUAGAGAUCGAGAACGCCAGACUGGAGGCCACAGCCAAACAGCAGACCAACCGUAUCGAGGUGCUUCAGAAGGGCGUUCAGGAGGGCACUGUGGUCAGGAAUCGUUUGGAAGAUAUCGUCACAAACCUGCAGAGCAGUAAGAUGACGCUAGAAGAACAACUCAACCGAGAGGUACAGAAGCAGAGUAUGCUAUCCCAUAAUGCCCAGGACUCACAAACACUGUGGGAGGAGGAGCUAAAGAGCCGCUCACGGCUGGGACUCCGCCUCUCUGAGCUGGAGAAAGAGAAAGGAGAACUGACCAAUCAGAUGGAGCUCGAGAAGAAAAAGGCCAAAAAACUAGCCGAGCAGAAGAAAUCUGUGGACACGCGUCUGGAGCAGGAGAUGAAGAGAAACACAGACCUUCAGAAAGAAAUGUACAGGUUGAAAACUCUGUUGAAGACCGCUAAGAAGCAGCUGCGUGAACAGGGCGGUUCACAGCUGGACUCUUCUCUGGGCAACUUCAGAGGAGACUUUUGAGCCACCGGCUGGAGGCCAGAGAGCGCCGUCAGCAGAAUGAAGACCCGGGUGGAUGAGCUGCAGUCUCAGUACGAGCGGGAGGCGUCGCGCUGCUCGCGGCUGGAGGAGGUGAACAGACAGCUGAAGGAGAAGCUGUCGUCUGUGAAGAGCCUGAGCCGAAGCCACGAGCAGCUGGAGCGCAGUAAGAGGCAGCUGGAGGAGGAGGUGGCCAGUCUGCGCCGGCAGCUGGAGGCCGGUGUGAUGGACCAGAGCCAAGACCACCACAACAGACCCGACACAAACUAAAGAGCCCGACAGGAGAUCCGACACAAACUAGAGGAGGUCAACCUCUUCCUGCAGACGCAAGCGGCGUCUCAGGAAGCUCUGGAGCAGAUGAAAGCUGCUAAUGAGGCCAGUCAGCGCGCUCAGCUGGAGCAGCGCAUCAGGGAUCUGGAGGGAGAACUCAGCCGUUUACGCAGCACUCAGCACGACAGUCUCGUUCAGAGAGACUCCAGCCACACAGAGUUGGAGCGCUACAAACAGCUGCACAGCGAAGAGCUCCGCCUCCGCAAGAGUCUGGCUGCCAAACUAGAAAGGUCGAAUGAGCGGUUAGCGGAGGCCAACACUAAACUCCUGAGCGAGAGGCAGCGCAGUAAAUCUCUGCUCUCCAGCAGUAUAGUGAACGGCGGAUUAGGGGGCCCCGCUCUAGAUGUGGUCAGGCUCUAGGCUCCGUGGGGGCAUUACGGAGCCUCUCUGGGACCCCCGAACAGGAGUCUGGGCCUCGGGACGCCGCUGCUGGGGACGGUAGGGGGGAAAUCGCAGAGCAGCCGACAGUAGACGAGAGCCUACCUGGCAAAGAUGCAGACGGAGCUGGAGAAGAACAUAUCGAAGGAGCUGGACUAUGGAGGAACUGCCCGCAUGUCUCCCGUUGGAUCGGCCUCUGGCUCGCAGAACCUGAACCUGACCCUGGAGCAGCCGGACCCCGUGAGCAGAGCCACUCAAACAGUAACCUGGAGGUGCGCUGAAGAAGAACUACAUGAUCUGACCCGCGGUCAGUCCACACUCUGUGAACACAAUCAACUCGAGCGCCAUAUCACUGACCCACAAACCCGCUCCAGAAACACUGAUCAACCUCCCUAAAAGCCCUGUGGAUUUAUAAACCUGGAGUUUGUUUACUAAAGCUGGUGUUUUUAAAAAGCAGUUAUGGGUGCCUCUUUGUGCUCAUUAAUGA